CAUCCACGAAUUCGCCCAUUCUCCAGGCUUGAUUUACCCAUCUCGGGAUUCACCUUGACCUAAACUGUGACCAAGAUGGCGGCACCUCAGCAGCGCGUACCCGUUGCCAUCCUCGACGACUAUCAGAACGUUGCUUUGAGCCUCGCAGACUGGUCACUCCUCGAUGGCAAGGUAGACAUCACCGUAUACAAUGAUACCCUCCACGACGAGGACGCGCUGGUUGAGCGGCUGGCCAAGUACGAGAUUAUCUGCGCCAUGCGCGAGCGGACGAAGUUCAAUAGGUCUCUGAUUGACCGGUUGCCGAAGCUGAAACUCAUCGCCACGACGGGGUCAAGGAACCGUGGCAUCGACACUGUGUAUGCUGCGGAGAAGGGUAUCGUGGUGUCCGGCACGAACAACAAGGGCGCUUCGACGGUCGAGCAUAUUUGGGCUCUCAUUCUCUCGGCCGCCAGGGAGAUCCCGAGGGAACACAACAGCAUACGCUCGGCGAAUCCUCAAUGGCAGACCACGGUCCCUUUUGGACUGUAUGGGAAGACGCUGGGUCUGGUGGGCCUGGGACGGCUUGGAUCACGAGUAGCAGAGAUUGCCAGGGUAUUCGGCAUGCGCGUGCAGGCAUGGUCGCCACAUCUGACGGAAGAUCGCGCUCACGAACUCGGCGUUGACUUCGCAAACACAAAGCACGACCUGUUCAGCUCGAGCGACAUCGUGUCCGUGCAUAUGGUCCUUUCGGACGAUACGCGCGGACUGAUCACGGCGGAGGAUCUCUGGUCGAUGAAGGCUACCGCGAUCUUUGUCAACACGUCGAGAGGGCCGCUGGUUGAUGAACCUGCGCUUGUGGAUGUGCUUUCGAAAAGAGGAAUCCGAAGCGCUGCGUUGGAUGUGUACGAUGUCGAGCCUCUGCCGUUGGACCACCCACUGCGAAAGCUGGAUAACGUUGUCCUCAGCCCACACAAUGGCUAUGUCAACGAUACGAGCUAUGAGGGCUUCUUUGGGGAAACCGUUGAGAAUAUUGUGGCAUUCCUGAACGGCAAGCUUCGGAAUGUCCUGAAGUGAUCAGACAAUGGAGCUUUUGAUAGACGUGUUGGAUGCUUUGUAAUGUAUGGAUGCAAUGUAAUAUAGGACCUGGUUGUUCGUCCAAAGGGCUAAAGCAAAG